GGUUCGAGUCGUCACGCCUUGCUCGCCGUCAUUCACGCUUCGCCCACUGUGCUUCGCACCUUCAACGCUGCGAGCAAUAGCGAGGGUAACACCUACCAUCUCUCCUUGACUCUGCUCAUGUGGCUGUGAUAUCCAGCUUUCCUGUCCACUCUCUGCUUCUUGUUGUUCUCGUCGGCUGGCAAGCGGACAUCAUAACAGCUCCCGACGCCUACCGCGUGCGUCACUGACAUCGCAGCGCCGUACUCCUCAGCACAGAACAUCAUAUUCAUUUGCACUGCAUGCCGCCUCAAUAUCCUCAGCGAAUCGGGAACUGGUGGCUCGGAGAUUGCUUGGGUUCGGGUUACUCAGGCGCAAUCUUCAAGGCUACCAACAUCUACACACAUGAAGUUGUUGCACUGAAGCUCCAAGAGCUGGAUCAUGAAUGCCCAACAAACCGGUACGAGCGUGGCUUCUAUCCAUCCCUGCAAGGCGGAGAAGGAAUGCCUACCCUGUAUGCGUCGGGUGUCGAAGCUGGAUUCGAUUUCCUAGCCAUCUCUCUGUUGGGUUCAAGCUUGGACUCGUUAUAUCGGAAAAUUGGUAGGAACAUCAUGGAUCUCAGGAGCGUCUGCUGCAUCGCUAUGCAAGUGAUAUCAAGACUUGAGUUUAUGCACAGCCGAGGUAUCCUGCAUCGUGAUAUUCAGCUUGGGAAUUGCGUUAUUGGCUUACCGCCCGACGAGAAGAAGAUCUACAUGAUCGAUUUCGGGUUUUCCAAACGAUACAUCGACCCCAGAACGGGGAUGCACAUCGAAGAGAGCAACAAGAAGCGCGACUUCAUUGGCAACUACUGGUUCACGUCUGUGAAAGUGCACUGCAAGGGCAAAAUUCCAACUCGGCGAGAUGACAUGGAAGCUCUCGCACUGAUGCUUAUCCACCUGCUGACGCCCGGAGGGCUUAGCUGGACACGGAACGGGGUCCCAAAAACCGACGCCGCACACAAUCGACUCAAGCGCGAGAAGCUUGCUGCUAAGUCAGAAGACCUCUGUCGUGGCCUUCCGGACGUUUUCGAGGAAUUUUUGCGGUACUGCAGAAGAUUAAAGUUCGCUGAACGCCCCGACUACGAAGAAUGGCGAGAACGGUUCAUGGACUUAGCCGUGAACAGCGGUUAUCCAGAGGAUGACGUCUUUGUAUGGCCGCCCCAAGCAGAGCCAUCUGUUCACGUAACGCCUACAAAGCCGCCUCAUUCUGGCAAUCUGCAGAGAUUGGAAGGCAUCCUGAAAGACCUCGCUGAACUCAAGCUCACGGAGCCGCGGCAAGUUCUGGGCGUGCGUGCGAACGCAAUUAACGUACCGAAUGCACAGAAGGCAGCCAGGCCAAAGAAGGCGAAAGCGACGGACCCCGGGGACGCCAGUGUGAUCGUCAUCAGCACUGACGGUGAGAACGACACCGCUCCUAAGGCCGCUGCCGUUCGCCUCACGAAGGCCGAACAGCUUACGGAGCUCACGAGCAUGGCGCAGGACGCCACGGAUAACGUCAUGCUCGCCCGCGUGGUGCGACAGUUCGCCGAAGUGCUCGAGACGAGCAAGUCCAAGUCGCUCACGAAAGAGGGAUUCGCAUUCCUCGAUGCGCUCUACAAGCAACUUGCAGACCCAUCCGUGUAUGUCGUUCCCAUGCGCACCUCGCGCACGCGUAGCGGCACGCAGCAAGAGGCUGCGCCAAACGAGGCGGACGCGCGCCGCGCCAAGAUGGACAAACUUUUCUCCCUCCGGAGGGACGUUGGGACAGCGAAGAGCAACCGCAUGCUUGCGAAAAUGGCGUCUGAGUUUGGCGUUUGCAUUGACAAGAGCAGAGGGCGAACUAUCACCAAGGACGCGGUAGGCUUCUUGUACGGUCUUGCCGACAGGUUGCGAGUCAUGCCCUAAACGUCGGACUCCUGGCUGCAUCGGACCAUCUCCUUUUGAUCUACGACGUUACAUCCUACUGGUACGCCCAUAUAUGGUCCCUUGAUCUUGUUUUGUAGCACAAUGUCUGCUGUAGCAUCUAUUUAUGACUGUCUUAGGCUUUCAAGCCGGCUUAGUGAACGCGCACGAGCGACUUGGUAUGGAUGUGUACAGAUGUGCUAGCGCUGGGUGUGGCCACGACACCGCUUUUGACUUUGAUGAUGAAGGACCGC